GCCGCUGACGUGAAAAAUUAAAGAGAAAUGUCAAAGUGUGAACCAACAAACGCCGAAAAUGUCUGAAGAAACAAAUUCAAACAUAACAAUGAAAAUUGAACCAAUUGAAUCUUUUCAAAUGGAACAAGAAUUUGAUGAUUAUCCUCAAGUGAAACAAGAAUUUGAUGAUUAUGAGAAUAUGCUAGAAAAUGAUGAAGUGUGUCUACAGCGAUUUUUAAAAUCUGAAGUUACAAUAGACGAUGAAAUAAAACAAGAAACUAUUGAUGACCUUGAUGCAACUACUAGCACAAACGAAGCAAGUUUAGAUCAGGAAACAUACAACUCAGAACAACUCCUUAAAAGAAAACAAAACUUGGAGAAACAUAAAAUUGUUCAUAAUAAAAACGCUUACAUAAAUGUGAGGUAUGCAAUAAAACGUUCAAAGAAAAAAAGCAUUAGUAGUACAUGA